AUGGAAGACGAGAGCCAUGGACACGGGUCAAAUGGAGCAAGCGGAGCAAGCCCAGAAAGCCCAAUGUGCCUCAAGAACAACAGCAGCAGCAGCAACAAAGAACAAGAUCGGUUCCUUCCAAUAGCAAACGUGGGGAGGAUCAUGAAGAAGGUGCUCCCUGGGAAUGGGAAGAUCUCAAAAGAUGCAAAGGAGACGGUUCAAGAAUGCGUGUCGGAAUUCAUUAGCUUCGUGACCGGAGAAGCGUCCGACAAGUGCCAACGAGAGAAGAGGAAGACGAUCAACGGUGACGAUAUCAUAUGGGCAAUAACGACGCUGGGGUUUGAAGACUACGUGAGCCCUCUCCAGCUUUACCUCAACAAAUACAGAGAAAUAGAAGGAGAGAAGCUCAACGUUCCAAAGCAGCAGCGAGUGCCACACCAUUUAUCUUCAGAGCCUCAAGACCAAAAUUUAAGUUACAAUACUAAUACUAAUACUAAUACUAUUUACAACUCUUCUUCGUCAACCAAUCUCAUCUCUCAUCCUUCUUUCAUACCCACGCAUCAUCAUGAUCACCCUUUCUCUUUGCCUUCUUUUUCAUCCUCAAAUUCAAUUCCAAAACAGCCGCCGCAGCAAGAACAAAUUGACUCUGCGGGGCAUUGGUGA